AGAGGCCAGCCGAUGCCGGCGUCAUGGCCUCGAAACCGAUCCCUGCCCAUCAGAGCUCGGGAGCCGUCCAGAUGAGGAUCAAAAACGCCAACAGCCACCAUGACAGGCUGAGCCAAAGCAAAUCCAUGAUCCUGUCUGAUGGCGGCAAAGUCAUUGAGCCAAUAUCACGCCACAGAAGGAAUCAAUCUCAGCACAUCCUGAAGGAUAACUUCACGCCUUUGGAACAGUUGAUGGUUGUAAAAGAAGGGUAUCUUCAAAAAGCUAAAAUUGCAGAUGCGGGCAAGAAGCUGAGGAAAAACUGGUCCACCUCAUGGAUUGUCCUCUCCCCUGGGAAAAUUGAAUUCCACAAAGAGACCAAACCCACCACUGGUAUCAACCUGAAAACUGGACACAAAGCAGAAUUGGUGGACCUGUGUGGGGCUCAGAUCGAAUGGACCCCGGAGAAAUCCAGCAAGAAGAACGUCUUCCAGAUCACCACGGUGUCAGGGAACGAGUUCCUCCUUCAGUCAGAUAUCGACUUCAUCAUAUCGGAUUGGUUCCAUGCCAUCAAAAAUGCAAUUGACAAAUUGCCAAAGAAUCCCGGCUUUGGGCCCCAGAAUCGGGAGUUCAAAAUCCAACGAUCCUCCAGCACCGAACUGCUGAGCCACGUCGAUCCGGAGGUGAGGGAGCAGAAACCCGAACACCGAAAAUCUUUAAUUUUCCGACUGAACCACAGCAUUUCUGACAUCAACGACAAGAACCGAACGAAAAGCAGAUUGAAGAAGUUCAUCACCCGGAGGCCUUCUCUGAAAACCCUGCAAGAGAAAGGCCUGAUCAAAGAUCAAAUCUUUGGCUCCCACCUGCAUGCCGUGUGUGAAAGGGAAAACUCCACCGUCCCCAGUUUUGUGAAGCAAUGCAUAGAGGCAGUGGAAAAAAGAGGUCUGGAUGCUGAUGGAAUAUAUCGAGUUAGCGGAAACCUGGCAACAAUACAGAAGUUGCGAUUUAUUGUCAAUCAAGAAGAGAAGCUGAAUUUGGACGACAGCCAGUGGGAGGACAUCCACGUUGUCACUGGUGCACUGAAGAUGUUUUUCCGGGAGCUCCUCGAGCCGCUGUUUCCCUUCUGUUUCUUCGAACGUUUCAUGGAGGCCAUCAAAAAGCCAGACCACAGAACGCGAGUGGAAUCCGUCAAGGAGCUGGUGCAGAAACUGCCCCCACCCAAUCGCGAUACGAUGAGCACCCUGUUUGCGCAUCUGCGGAAGAUAGUGGCCAACGCCUCCAAGAAUCUCAUGUCCACGCAGAGCUUGGGAAUAGUCUUCGGGCCGACCCUGCUCUGGCCCGAGAAGGAGUCCGGAAACAUCGCCGUGCACAUGGUGUAUCAAAACCAAGUAGUCGAACUCAUGCUGAGCGAGUACACCGAGAUCUUUGGCGUGCAGGAAGACUGACAGGCGAGGGCUUGUUUUGGGGAAACGUUCACAUCUGCCUCAACGCCUAAUAUUUUUACAUCUCUGUAAACAUAUUUCCGAAAGAUUUUGAUUUUUCUCUCGAGCGACAGAUGCCUCGCUUUUCAGAACCUCAACGCCGAUUGAGCGUCGGAGACACAAGCGUGAAGAGGACGCGACUGGUGAUAUUUGCUUAACCGUGCUGCAUAUUAACCCUGUGGGGGCUUGGACGUUCCAGAACCGUGUCAUUGCUGAGCUGAGGAACUUCAGGAAUGCUGGGUGGAAAGCGGGUUUCCAAAGACAAACUGCAGGGCUGCUCAGACACCCUCUGAGGCCCUGUCCUUGAAUCCACGGGGAAUUAACCAGGUCUGGAGAGACCAAGAAGUCCCGGAUACCGGUUGCCGAAAAGAAGGAGAAGCCAGAUUUUGAGCUGGAUUUCAUUUUGAAGGACAGUCUUUUGCUGUUCAGCCGCCUUCAGGGUGAAAGUGUUUCCGAACACGAUUCACAACAAUUUUUUUUCCAAGAAGAGAUGACGAGUCAAAGUGGUGGGCCACGGGCUUGGCUGACUGUCAUUCUGUGAGCAUCAUCAUAUCAAAAAUCAAAACAGUAUCGGAACACAUCUAUUUUAUCCUUGACCCUCUCCAGGAAUGGCAUGAAUGCCCCCGUUUAAUGCUGGCAUCCAUUUUGAUUCUUCCUCACAGCAUAUGGCUUCUCUUCCCCACUGAUUCUCUUCCAAGUGCUUAGCAUAGUGCUCUACAACCAGUAAGCAUUCAGUGAAUACUAUUGAUUGGUUGAUUUUUUUGAUGCUCUGUUCCACAGAAAUGUUGUAAUUCUCCUGAGGAAAGUUUCUCUGUAAAUUAAAUUGAAUCCUAGAGAGAAUGGGAAGAAAAAUAGCAUGCUUUCUCAUAAGAUUGAACUGGAGGAAAUGUGAAUAAGUUUAUGCUUUUGACAACGUUUCAGUGUUUCGAACGGAUCAAACCGUGUUUUCUUUUGAACUGCGUGUUUCCAGUUAGCCUCACCUUACACUCUGUUCUGUUGAUAAAAAUGUACAUGGUGUGAUAGCUUUUUAGGCAAGUUCAAACCAAACCAAUAAAAUUAUCCAGCAUCCUGAAGA